AUAAUUCAAGCCUAAACACCCUUUUACAUAUCAAACCCUAGGUUAGGAUUUCGGGUACUAAGCUCCAGAGUACCUUGAGGGACUACCCAUGAAGGGAGAAGAAGAGACAUUAAUAGAUGGUUAGAAAUCAGAAAGAAGGGUCUUCAAGUGUUGGAAAUCCUUCUCCAAAACUCUACUCCACUUCUUCUUCUCCAACCUUCUACUUCUCUAUCUAACCUCACUAUAGAACAAGAAAUCGGCCAAAAGCCACUCUACAAAGGGGAGGUGACCCCUGUAUAUGUUUAUAGAGUUCUGGAAAUGCGCGGAAGUUCAAGAGCACUAGGCAAGAGAUCGCGACCGCGAUCUUUAGUUAGAGGCCACAAUCUUGAGCGACACUAUUCUAGCUCUUCUACCGCGGGAGUUUGUAGCUUGACAUUGCGUUCGCGAUCUUGAAGUCGUGGCUACGAUCUUUUCUCGCAAUCUCGAAAGUUAAAGCAAGUCGACUAUCGAGAGUUUCUGUCUUCCUUUGCUUCCAGCUUCUUCGAAUUCGAGGUUGCCUCCUCAAUGAUCGUGGGCAAGAACUUUGGCUUGAGGUCAAUCUUCUGCUAGAUUUCAUGGUCUCCUGGAUACCGACUGUGAUCUUGACUCCUUUGACUGCGAACUCCAUUUUGGCCUUUAAACCCUACGCUUGUGCCCCAAUUUGUGCCUAAAUCAUAAGCAUUUGACGAUAUAUUAACCCUUGAAAUCAUAGAAUGACCUAAAAUAUAGAGGAUAAAUAACACUACUUUGGGUGUUAUCAAUGGGGCAUCAGUGAUAAGUAAUACAGACAGGGGUUUUUCUGACGAAGAUCAGUGACCAUAUGUUGUCGGUAAUUGACUCGACUCUACUGUCACUCCAGGAAUUGGCCAAGUGAAACUACUUCCUAAAGUGUAGUAUAGCGGGUUUGGGUUUAAUUAUCAACCCGGGUCCUAGAUUUGAUGACUACUCAGUGAAUUCUUGUUAUCUAGCAAUGAAACUGGAAUGCAAGUCUAAACUACCAAACAAACAAAGCAAGUAAACGGUUGUAUUCAGGUUAAGAGAGGUCACCCGGAUAUGGUUCCCCCUAGACUGCAGUUAAGCCGGAUUGUAAUUACCAAGUUCAGUUUCUAUGAUAGUUAUACUGCGGAAGGUUCUUAAACAGCCUGAACUCUCGACUAAAGGUCUUCAGAUCCUCUCAAUCUGAAUCUCUAGCGGGCGACUAACCUCCACCGGAGUAGACAGAUUGAGGCCCUAAGAACAAAACCUCCACUACCGGAGUAAAUCCGGUACAGAAUAGUGAGUUGGUUCCUCGACUAAAGUCACCAACUCCCUACCUUCAAUCAAGGAUGCUCUAUCAACCUAGGCAGAUAUUCUCAUUCUAGGUUAAAGCAGAAACAACAGGAAUUUGAUCAGGAUUCAAGUCAUUCAAUCAUGCAAACCUCAAUCGAAUAUAAUCAAUCAUAGAAUCAGUACUUGGGUUCAUACAAUCAAGGCCUAACAUACAAAUCUAGGGUUCUCCAUACCCAGAUGAAUGGGAGAACUACUCCAUGGAGAAAGAAGCAAAAGCAGAAUCAGACGCGGAAUUCAUACUGUGAAGGAUGGAUUCCUGCUCCUGGACGUUGAUUGGCACUUCUCCAAGCUCAAACUGGCCUCCAAUGGUGUUGAAGAUCAAUCUAGGGCACUUGGAGACUCUUGUUCGUCACUUUCUCUCUCUAGGAAUCGUUCUAUCUCUCAAAAACUCGAAUCCCCUUCUGUUUGGCUGAAAAUCUGCUUAAAAAGGCAUCAGUGGCCAAAGCACGGUCGAGGACACGGCCGUGCUUUGCCUGAGCGUGCCCGUGUCUCGGCCAGUGUUAAUUACACGGCCAGCAGUUGGGGAGAAACACGGCCGUGCUUUGGUGGAACACGGCCGUGCUUUGUCUCGGCCCUGCCCGUGUAAUCAACUCAGCUCUCGGCAUAAAAAGCACGGCCACAGGAACACGGCCGUGUAAUGCCUUAGGUGUGCCCGUGUUUUGGCCCCAGCUUGACGAAAUGACCUCCGAAUGCCCCAAAACUCGUGGUUAGCCUUCCCUUUGACGCCUGGGACCUGAAAUAUGACAAAAUAGCACAACCCGGCGUAAAAUAGGCCAAAACACAUGACUAUGCCCCUCAAACGGAUAAGAACUAGGGGCGCAAACAUGUGCAAUUACAUCGUUAUCAGUAAUAACCAUUUCUGAUGAAAUCUUACUUAUAUAGAAGAAACGAGUCGUCAGUAAUGAACGUCUUUUUUUGUAGUGACACAUUAUUGAUAAUGCAUUCAUGAUUUACUUCUAUUAUGAUGCCUAAUCUCUUCUAAUAAAAUAUUCACAAUUGAGGUUUCGCUUCAUAUAAAUAGGAAUACGAUUAACUAAUGCGUGCUUUCGCUUCAUGCUAGUAACCCAUCAGUCACAAACAAAUAAGAAUAUAUUGCACUUGGCUACAUAAGUCCUAUAUUAACACAUAUAGAAUUGGUCCUUGGCUUUGGUGAUCUAUAACUAUCAAGUAAUUAUUAUAUGCAUUCAUACACACAUACGUACAUCGAUGGUAUAUCAUGUAAGAGAAGUUUCCUAGCAACCCAUAAUAAUAUUAUGCGUAGAACCAAAAUAACAUACAUCAUAGAUGAUAAAACAUAAAAUAUCAUAGGCAUAUUAUUAAAUCAUUGGAAGUAAUACAUAAAGAAUCAUAGAAUUCAUAUUUUAAACAAUGAGGGAUUUAGCUAGCCAUAAGAUAGAUGAUAUCACCAUCAAUGAUGAAGGCAUCAACAUUGAACUUCAGCAAAACUUCAUCUCACCAAUGGAUGCUAAUAUGAUUAAACUAUGUAAAUUCUUUCAUGCAAGGAAAGGCCAAAACUUCGAAAGAAGUUAUCUUACCCUUCCUAAUCGAGGGUUCAAGGCUUGAUUCUAGGAGCUUUUUAUUUGUACGUAAAAGGUGUGUGUAAAGCUCUAACCAAAACCUCUAUUUACAGUAAUAAAUAAGGGGGGUUUUCGACCAAAAGGAGUUUAAAUCCUUCUCCAACACUGUUGAAAAUUGAAUACUACCUUGGGGGUAAAGAAAUAAGCUUCCAGAAGCUUUUUGGGUCAGUGGCUCCCACACGGUGGCCUAGACCAUCGUUAAAAUUCUUCUCUAAAUGGACAGAUUUUGGUGAAAUGGUUCAUCGUGGACUCAUUCGAUCGGUCCUUCAAUUGCAGCUCAAAAUGAACUUCUUUUGACCCCUUUGACCAUGGUCAAAGGUAAGCUUACUACUGUCAGGAAACUGGUAGGAAAGAAUCGAUUGAAGGCGUGAUUAAUCACUCUCCUUAGAGUGUUAUUUGCCCCCAAUACAAAUUGCUGGUAGGCUCGAGCAAACCACCCCCAGGAGUCCCUUCAAUUUUAAGUCUGGAAGCAGCAAUCUUGCAGACUUCUGUGUUUGUGAAAUAGAGAAUGAAAACCGGAAGAAGAAGUAAUCUCACGUUCUCAAAAGAGUCAUGGCAAUCAUCUAUUUAUAGUUGUGAAAACUGGAAGUUACCUUCCGAAGAGUCACAUCCUUUCACAAAACAAGGUAGUUACCUCUCACGAAAGGACACAUCCUUUCACAGAAAAGAGGGAGUUACUUUUCUUGAAGGACACUUCUUUUCACAAUAUUCAAACGUUAAUUAAUUAAUAUAACUGCCAAAAUACUCCAUCUUUAUACUUUACUUCUCCCAUCAAUGUCGUAUUACAACUCUAUUGACUAACUCUAACAAUCCCCCACUUAGUCAACAAGAGUUGAGAAUACCUGCCUCGAACAAGUAACGCAUACAUAAAGGUAUCUUUUCGAUUUGAACCUUUACCUAGUGUAAGCAACUCAAAGUUGAUAACGAAUCAGUGACGGGCUUAAGCCUAGGAGUCACGAUCCAAAGCUAUAACCGGAGAUGCCACACACGUACUUGUCUCUUCUCUAAACCACAACCACCAACUAGGGUAGCACUAUUAUGGCCAUGUGCUAAUCCUGUUUCAUGAGCAUACACAAAAUUUGACCUCUACUUUUGUUAGAGCGGCACCACUCUAAAUGCUCACAUAGGUGACAUUCCAAAUGAAUUCAUUAAGAGUUCUAUAACUCAUCUCAAGAGUUCUAUAACUCACCCUUCUUUGGACUAAUUUACUUGUACAAUAAAAUAGUACCUCAGUUAUAGUAACUUGUUAUUACCACAUUGAACCUUUUAAUUAGUGAAUACCUAAAGAAAAGGUUGGGUUCCCGUUACUUCUUACUACACAAGAGGUCUCAAUCCCUUCCCUUGGGAUGCCUCAUAGAUCAUGCCUCUUGGCAAUCCUUUGGUAAGAGGAUUUGCCACAUUAUUGAGCGAUCUUACAUACACAAUAGAAAUGAUUACAUUAGUAAUCAAAUAUCUAACAUGUUCAUGUCAUAAGCGAGUAGCUCUAGACUUACCAUUGUAAAUAUGUUAUAAGCUCUCGACAAAGUAGCCUCAUUAUCACAAAAGACAGAAAUGGCUGGCAUCGGUUGUGGCCACAACUCUGUACUUAACAACAUGUCUCUUAGCCAUUCUGCCUCUUUUCCAGCCGCCGCAAGGGCUAGAAAUUCAUCUUCCAUGGUGGAGUGUAAUACACAUUUUGUUUCUUCAAAACCCAAGAAACAACUCCACCACCUAGUAUAAAAAUCUACCCAUUGUAGAUUUAUUAUCACUAGCACUUGUUAUCCAACUAUCAUGAGAAACAUCUCCCCCACAAUUCUCCCACUUGCCAAACUAUCAUGGAACAAUUCCGUUUUAUUUUGCAUUACUUAUUGAACUUUCAACCGCUACAUUGAUCUAAUUGUUUACCAAUGGUAUGGACUUAUUAAGUUAGCAUACCACAAACAAUUCAGAUAUCAUUAGAAAUAUCAUCUAAUUACUUACCAAUGGAAUUAGUUAAGGUAACUUGAGAUGCCACAAGUAAUUCAGUUGCAUUUCCAGAUUGUAUUGGAAAUACCAUCUAAUUACUUACCAAUGACUUUUCAUCAAGGUAACUUGACAUACCUCAAGCAAUUCAAAUGAAUAUUCUAAAUCAAUAGUCUAAUUACUUACCAAUGAUAUGCACUUCAUAAAUAUAACAUAAGUAAUUCAGAAUUUAUGUUCAAUAAGAUCAUCUCAAUUGAACUCUCAUGCCAAAUUGUUUUCCAAUGGUAUAUAUCUAUAUAUACCAUAAACAAUUCUGACAAAUAGCUUCAAAUUCAUCAUCAUAAGUCAAAUUGUUUUCCAAUGAUGUAGUGUACAUAUACCAUAAACAAUUCUGAUCAUAUGUUUAUCUUGAUGAUCAUAGGAAACAAUUCUUUGGCAAGCUUAUUCAAUCCCAACAAGGACCAAUUUUAGUUUCAUUUUCCUUGCACUCAUAGCCAUAGGAAACAUGAAGUCAUAAACCACAUACAUGAUUUCAAUUGACUUCAAGAUCAUAACUCAAACAAUUUUGUUGAAUAAACCAAAUUGUUGCAUCUUGCAAGCAUCAAUAUUGAAACUCAUACAAAUUUUGGCGACAAAAUUUGUUUUAAGAACUCCAUUAUGAAAGAAUUCUUUCAUAUUCAAAAUUUGUUUUAAGAACUCCAUCAAGAAUUCUUUCAUAUUCAAUCAAGUUGAACUCUUUCGAACUCUUCUCAUAAUACGAAUUAUGAGUUCGUUCACAUCUCAAGUACUACAAAAGUACUUGAUCUCACUAACCAAACUCAAUUGGUUAAUUAUUCCUCUGUUUUUCUCGAAGCAAGAAAGCCAACGUGUAGAGUUACUACAUCACUUUCAGAAGCUACAGGUUGCAAACAACAAAUUACAUGGCCACUUAACUGAUAAAUCCAAUCCCAUAUGCAUUUUCCAAUUUGUACAGAACCGACACAUACGGCCGCUAUUAAGACAUGUAUAUAUAUACACCUCUCUAAUGUAUACAUAUACCUUUCUGAUAUAAACGUGCGUUGCAAUUAAAUAUGACAAAUCUGAUUCAUUAAUCAUUAUUAAUCCAUGUAAUUAACCAACGUCAAUUAAUCCAUGUCACACAGUUAAUUACAGAUAUACAGAGGGAACACACACAUAUAUAUAUAUAUAUAUAUAUAUAUAUAUAUAUAGAACUAUAUAUAUACAUCAUCCCUCAGAAAGCACCAAGAAUUAAAAGAGAUAUGGAUAGAGUAUUACCUAUUUCCGAUUCUUGUCAAAUGCCAUUUUCCAUCGAUGUCAAUGACGACCGAAUGCCACUUUUUCCCUCUUCUUUCCGGCGUUUCUCGGCAAUUGUCCGAACAUUGCCCAAGCAAAUUUCCAUCGAAACACACCAAAUCACAAGAUUUUGCCAACGGCCGAAAGCAAAUUUUUUUAAAACGUAUAUGCAGAGUGAAACAUAUAUAUGCAGAUGAACAUAUAUAUAAUCAUUAACCAACAACAGUGACUAUGGCGUGUAAAUAUCUGAGGCAUAUAUAUGCAUGCAUGAAUGAUCAGAUUCCUUUCUCAUCAUAAUCUAAUCAACUUUAUGCAAUCUACUGCCAUCCAAAGUAAUUUGACUAAUUAUAAACGAAUGCAGACAUUAACCUCCAAUCCAUACAAUCAAUACAUGAACUAGAUUGAACAUAUAUAGAUAUAGAGUAUCAUAAUAAUUUCCCUCACGUAGAGACAAUAGGAAUCAAAUUCCUUUCUAUUACCGGUGGGAAUCAAAUUAAAAUCCCACUCUCAAGUCUCAACACCAAAAAUUAAAAAGGAACAGGGUGUUACCCGAUUUUAGGGAUCUCGAAAUGCUUCCUUUCCUUUCCUUCGGGAGCAACUAAUAGAAGCAAAUUUGGAUC